AGAGAAAUAGAGAGAGAGUGAUAUAGGGGAAAUAAAGUAAAACUAUUUAAUUUGUCGAUUUUCCUCUGUAACGUUAUGGAGAUUUUUAAUUACAGUUGAAUGUUUCAAGUAUAAGAGAUUUCUAGUCUAUUUGUACCAAGUUGUCUAAAAUUUAUAUGAGAAAUGGCUAAAGCAGAAUCCACCGAAGGAAGUAGCUUACCAGGGCUGAAUAUUGAAUUUAUGAGGUCCUUGGUAAAACAGUACUCGGAACUGGGUCAAUGGACAAGCGCGCUGUUCUGGGCGGACGCGGCGAUGGCGGCGAGCAGCGCUAUGGGCGGGGACGCGUGCAGCGGCGACGACGUGUGGCUGCUGGCCGGCACCAUGCUGGCGCGCGGGGAGCUGCACCGCGCUGCGCACGCCGUCACCUCGCGCGGCCUGCACAGACGUCACCUACUCUGCCUGGGCGUGGCGAUGCGAGCGCUGGUGUCGGCCCGCGAGCCGGCUGCGGCGCUAGCGUUGCUGGACGAGUGUGACCCUAUGCUACUGGAGCCACGGAACCAGGCUGACCAGACACAUAAUCGCGCGCUGGCGGGCGUGGGCGUGUGGCAGGCGCGGGCGCUGUGGGCGCUGGAGCGGCGCGAGGCGGCGGCGGCGGCGCUGGCCGCGGCGCUGCGGGCCGACGUGGCCUGCGUCGAGGCGCUCGACAUGCUGCUGGAGCAGCACGCGCUUACGCCGGCACAGGAAAGCGAGCUGCUGGAGUCGCUGCCCAUCUCGUCGCAGCUGGGCGGCGCCGAGGGCGCGCUGGUCCGCGCCGCCUACAGCGAGCGGCUGAAGAGGCACGCGCCGCCCGCGCCGCCCGACGAGCUGUGCCCGUCGCUGGAGGCGUGCCGCGGGCGCACGGCGGAGGCGGCGUGCGGGCGCGCGCGGCGCCUGGCGGCCGCGUGCCGCUGGGGCGCCGCGCUCAGCGCGCUGGACGGACUCGACCCCUGGUGCUGCCCCGAGGUGAGGGUGGCGUGCCUGGUGGAGCUGCGCCGCGCCUCGCAGCUGUUCGCGCUGGCGCACACGCUGGUGGACGCCUACCCGCACUCGUGGCAGGCGUGGUACGCCGUCGGCUGCUACUACUACCUUAUAGGUAAAAGCGAGUUCGCGCGGCGCUACCUGAGCAAGGCCAAGAGCGUGGAGCCGGGCGCGGGCUGCGUGUGGCUCGCGUACGGACACAGCUUCGCCAGCGACAGCGAGCACGACCAGGCCAUGGCCGCCUACUUCAAGGCGAGCCAGCUGAUGCCGGGGUGCCACGUGCCGGCCCUGUACGUGGGCGUGGAGUGCUCGCUGCUCAACAACGUCACCAUGUGCGAGAGAUUCCUCGCGCGCGCCGCCUCGCUCUAUCAGAACCAGAACACAAGCGAAGUGGUGGAAGAGUGCGACGAGAACAAGUCGAGCUGGGAGCGUCUGGCGGGCGUGGUGCAGGAGCCGCACGUGGCGCACGAGGCGGGCUGCGCCGCGCUGGCGGCCGCCCAGCCCGGCGCCGCGCGGGCGCUGUGGCUGCGGGCGCUGGCCGCCGCCGGCGCCGGGGACGCGGGGCAGGUGAGUGCCCGCUGGGCGCCCACCCUGGACGCGCUGGGCCACGCGUGCCGGCAGCUGGGGCAGCCGGCGGAGGCGCUGCAGUGGCACGAGCGAGCCCUGGCGCUCCGCCCCGGCCGCGCAUCCACCUACGCUGCUAUGGGGCUCUGUUUGGCUCUACUAGGUAGAGAAACCGAAGCCGCGGACGCCCUACAUUCAGCGUUAGCCAAGGAUCCUGAUGAUGUGGUGUCGUUGGCGUUACUCGAUGCCAUCGUUGAUCGACUGGACUCCGCUUUGACUGAGGAGGAGAUCCCCCAGUUCCCGUUCCCGAGCGUACAGCUGUCCCCCCCGCGCGCCGCGUCCCCCGCCGCCGGCCCCGACCACACCAACACCUCCGACAUGAGCAUGAGCUUCGACUGACGCGGCUGGUAAUACUUGAAGUCUGUUUCGAGGACUGCGCAGACGGCUCCCGACUUGAGGGCGAGUGCCUUAAGGUGAAGGCGCACCCAGACGCGCCUCGUGCGCGUUCCCUAUUAAUGUUGUGAUCGGGGACUCUCGUCUGCGCAGGCUUUAAGCUGCGUUUCCAUUGACGCGGAGCUGUGCGGAGAUGAGCGGAGAUGUGCAGGAAUCGACCAUCACCGUGAGGAAGACAGUGACGGAGCGUCUUGCGUUUGUCGCUCUCUCGAACGCUGCGAUUGGUCAAAUCCGCACAUCUCCGCUCUUCUCCGCCCAUCUCCGCGUCAGUGGAAACCCGGCCUUAAAUGCACCCCUGUUUUUCUUAUAUUACACUACCCGAUCCAUCGCGCCCGAUACAGCGACUGUAGGUAUAAAUGUAUGACGAAAUCGUGGGCCCGAGUGCUGUCCCAUUCGGUCCCGAUGGAUUGGGUAGCCUUAGGGUUGAACCACAUUUGGAGCCCGGAACCACAUUUGGAGCCCGGAACCACAUUUGGAGCCCGGAACCACAUUUGGAGCCCGGAACCACAUUUGGAGCCCGGAACCACAUUUGGAGCCCGGAACCACAUUUGGAGCCCGGAACCACAUUUGGAGCCCGGAACCACAUUUGGAGCCCGGAACCACAUUUGGAGCCCGGAACCACAUUUGGAGCCCGGAACCGCAUUUGUUCCGCCUGGAGUACGCUCGCGCUUUCUCGCUCUAGCAAAUGGCGGUUCCGAGUGAUAGAAAAGGAUAGUUAUUAGGAAAGUGCGAAUGCGGUACGGCCAGAUGUAGUUCAACCAUUAGGGUGCGUUUCGUGUUAUUUCCGCAUUGUGCGCGUGGUUGAUCGCGUAAGGAUGCCUCCCAGGAGCGGAACCGUAGGCACGACCAAUCACAGGAGUGAGGGAGAGAGCGGAUGGAUCUCUCGCUCUCUCACGCUGUGAUUGGUCGACCCCACGGAUCCGUUCCGCUUCAGGGACGGCACCCUCACGCGGACUAUGACGCGCACAAUGCGUGAGAGAGACCGCGAAUAUUCCCCAUUCCUAUUGUACAUGGUUGUAUUUAUGUGAAUAUAGUAAUUGAGACAA